UUAUGAAUUUCUCUUACCGUAGAAAUUCAUUGUUGAGAAUACCUUCCAUUAUCCUUCGAGGAUAGUUUGACAGAACAAAAGAAUGGACGACAUUCCCUAUCUUUCUUCAUCUCCAUCCACAUUAAUACCCUUUCAUAUCCACAUACCUCUUUUCUAAAAGUUUUACAUUUGCAGGGAUUCUGGGGUGUUAUCAUAAUAAUCACAUAAUAGUUUGACUAAAGAUUUGGCGGAGAUUAGGAUUGCUUCUGUGUUACAAAGGAAAGGGAGCAAAUGAAUAUGAUGACAAUGGAGGGUGUGAUGGAGAGAGGGGUAUUGGAUGAUAUUAUCAGGAGGCUUCUGGAAGGCAAAGGAGAAAAACAGGUUCAGCUCUCUGAGGCUGAGAUUCGGCAGCUUUGCGUCAACGCUCGGCAGAUUUUUCUUUCUGAACCGACUCUCCUUCAAUUACGUGCCCCCAUUAGGAUCUGUGGUGAUAUACAUGGUCAAUACCAAGACCUGUUAAGGCUCUUUGAAUACGGUGGCUAUCCUCCUGCUGCCAACUAUCUUUUUCUAGGGGACUAUGUUGAUCGCGGCAAACAUAGCUUGGAGACAAUUUGCUUGCUACUUGCUUACAAAAUACGAUAUCCCGACAAAAUGUUCCUUCUUAGGGGGAACCAUGAAGAUGCUAAAAUUAACAGGAUUUAUGGAUUUUAUGAUGAAUGCAAAAGAAGAUUCAACGUGCGGCUCUGGAAGAUAUUCACGGACUGCUUUAAUUGUUUGCCUGUCACUGCACUUAUUGAUGAAAAGAUCCUCUGCAUGCAUGGAGGGCUUUCCCCAGAGCUAAACACUUUGGACCAAAUAUCAGAAAUUCAGCGGCCCACAGACAUUCCCGAUAGUGGUUUGUUAUGUGAUUUGCUCUGGUCUGAUCCGGAUGCUAAAAUAAAGGGUUGGUCAGAGAGUGAUCGAGGUGUUUCAUGCACUUUUGGGGCUGAUGCUGUUGCAGAGUUUUUGAGGAAAAACGAUUUAGACCUUAUUUGCCGAGGUCAUCAGGUGGUGGAAGACGGAUAUGAAUUCUUUGCAAAAAGAAGGCUCGUAACAAUAUUUUCAGCUCCAAAUUAUGGCGGGGAGUUUGACAAUGUAGGUGCUUUAUUAAGUGUCGAUGAGCAACUAGUAUGUUCUUUUGAAAUAUUAAAACCAGCAUCAGUUUCAAAGGUGCCCCUUAAAAAGCCCCCAAAGACAGGAGGAAGCUGAGCAGCUAGACAACGUAAAUGGAGAUAUCUCAAAGUAAAUAGCAUUGUGCAAACACCAUUUGUGAUUUCAUUUGUUGGUUCCAAGCAUUCUCCAGAGAGUCGUUUGAGUCGGGCACGAUGAAUCGGGAAAUCCUUUUUAUAUUGAAACUUGUCUACAAUUUGUCACUUUGAGACCAUGCGAUCAUGAAGCCGCCGGCAUGUGUAUUGGCAGCAUAAGAUAUAUACUGAAAAUUAUAAACCAUAGACAUGGCAAGUUUCCCUUGAUAGCCUUCAUUUGUUCACUGAUUUUGAAUUUAGUUAGCAUCCUAAUCAACUCCUGGUGACCAUUCCUUUCGCUUAAUCUGUAAUUUAUAGUUUGGUAUUGGAAUGUUUCAACUAGCUCAUGAAAUAUACUACGUAUAACUUUGGCACAAAUCUUAGGCA